GGGUUGGAGCCACGUUUUGAGCAGGUAGGCAGCGAUGUGAUGCGUGGCCCUGACUCCUACUAUGGGUCCUGAAGGACACCCCCGGGCCGGACCACAUAAGUACCUACUUAAAGAGGCCUACAUGGUAUUUCAGCGACCUUUGUUAUUCCCCAACAAAGGCGCUUUACCUCCGGAACUCAUUAUUUUUGCAAUUGGCCCCAUCAAUCAAGUCAUCGUCAUGGUAGUCACGGAAUUGGCAUGGCUAGUCACGGCUCUGGGCCCGGUCACCCCGGCCGGGAGGGAGGCCGUGAACCAGGCCCUGAACGUCCAGGAUGAGUGGUUUGCUCGCAACGCGCCGAACAUGCCGGAGGGGAGGGAGGAACGCGGCGUGGGCCUGUUCCAGCAGGUAGAGGAGCCGUCCAUCCACCUCCUGACGGCCCACUGGGAAUCCGUCGACCAGCACGGAGUCUGGCUGGAGAGCCCCGAGAACAAGGCGGUAUUCCCUACGCUCGGCGCCUACUUCGAGCUUGAGAAGACGACGCUGUUCCACGUCGACGACGUCCAGCUGUUCGACGCGACCGGGGCGGUCGGGAAUGUCUCUCUGCUGGAGAGCCCCGUCGUCAGUCUGGAGAGGCUGACUGUCGCGGCCGAGGGGCGGCAGGCCUUCGACGACGCCUGGCGCGAGGUCAAGGGUGUGCUAGAAGAAUUUGCGAAACCGAACGUGGUCAAGGGCGGCUGGCGCAUCGAGAAAGAGAGCCCGGCGCUCGAGGAAUUUGUCGUCGGCUCCGGGUGGCCGAGCGUCGAGAGGCACGGGGAGUUCGCGGCGUCUCCGGGGUUCCCCACGUACGCCUCGGCGAUAGAGCCCUUGAUUGCGGCCCGCGACACCAAACAUUACCAGAGGAUCCUGUGAUGGGGUUUGGGGAGCUAGGUAUACCUACCUAGCAUAGCGGUCACUUCGGAGAAUACGAGGACGUGAAUCGUCAAAAAUCUUUUGUGCAA